AUGGAGCGACCGACGAAGAGGAGAAGGCUGUCUGAUCCGGACGACUCUGGCGACUCUAAUGCAUCAUCUCGCGCGACGUCACCUGUCGAGCGGUUACCACCUCCAACGUCGAACGGCACGACUGAACCCAUCUCGCGCAUCAAGACGAAGCAGCAACGACAACCCCCAGCACAACCAGUCACUGAAGCGCCAACAUCAAUACUCGAGUCUACACCCACCACCCCCAUCACCUUCGCCGCCCUCGGAGUGGAGCCAUGGCUCACCACCUCCCUCCACCACCUCUCCAUCAAACACCCCACCCGCAUCCAGACCUCAUGCAUCCCCCAAAUCCUCGCUGGCCGAGACUGCAUAGGCGGCUCGCGCACCGGCUCCGGUAAAACAGUCGCCUUCGCCAUCCCCAUCCUCCAACAAUGGGCCCAAGACCCCAGCGCCGUCUUUGCGGUCAUCCUCACGCCCACCCGCGAACUCGCCCUCCAGAUCCACGAACAGAUGGUCGCGCUAGGCAGUCGACGCGGUCUACGAUGUGCUCUGAUAGUAGGAGGAGCAGACUCCCGCGCCCAAGCCAUCGAGCUUGAACGACGCCCACACAUCGUCGUAGCCACGCCCGGCCGCCUAGCCGACCACAUCCUCAACUCGGGCGAAGAGACAAUCCGCGGUUUACGACGAGUCAAGUCCGUCGUCCUCGACGAAGCAGACCGUCUCCUCGCCAGCAGCGAAAAAGGCAGCAUGCUCCCGGACCUCGAGACCUGCCUCUCCGUCUUUCCCCCGCCCACAACACGGCAAACCUGCCUCUUCACCGCCACCAUCACCCCCGAAGUGCGCGCGCUCGAGAACCUGCCUCGCUCCGCCGACCAGUCCCCCGUCUUCGUCUCCGAAGUCGACACCGCCGCCCUCGCCGUCCCCGCGACCCUCGCGCAGACGUACCAACUAGUCAACGUCGUCCAUAAGGAGAAAUACCUGCACAUCCUCCUCCUCACCCCGUCCAACGCCAACAAGAACGUGAUAAUCUUCUGCAACCAAACAUCCACCUGCACAUUACUAGAAUACACGCUCCGCCUGCUCGACCACCGCGUCACAAGCCUGCAUUCCGGUCUCUCCCACACCGACCGCACGAACAACCUCGCCCGGUUCCGCGCGCGCGCAGCGCGCAUCCUCAUCGCCACCGACGUCGCGAGUCGAGGACUGGAUAUCCCGUCCGUAGGCCUGGUAGUAAACUACGACCUCCCCCGCGACCCGGACACGUAUAUCCACCGCGUCGGCCGCACAGCCCGGGCGGGGAGAAGGGGGACGAGUAUCUGUCUCGUCGGGCAGAGGGACGUCGCACUGGUCCAGGCGAUUGAAGGGAGAGUGGGGCAAGAGAUGCAGCAGUAUGCCGAAGAAGGCGUGAGUGUGGAGGGCAGGGUGGUGAGGGACGCGCUUAAUGUGGUGGGGGAGAUGAAGCAGAGGGCGUUGUUGAAUAUUGAGGAGGGGAGGGAUGUUAAGGGGAAGAAGGUUAGGGGGUUGAUGAAUCCGAAGGGGUUGAAGAAGAGCCAGAAGCAGCGGACGAGCGAAUAA